CGACUAGCGCGCUCGCCCGCCAUCAGGCCAGAGCUGCGCCGCUAUUCACCAAAUAACAGACAUUAAUGAAAAAGAUGAUAUUCAUUCGAGUGCUGACUAAAAUUGUGUGACAGAUCGACAUGUCAAUUUGUUUGUGUCUUUUAUUUUGUAUGUGAUAACUCAACUGUCGUGUCUUCCUUUGUACGAUUCGCGAUCGCUUGUUUGAGGUGCACCGAUUGUUUUGAUGAGAUGCCGGCCAAAAGCAAUUGAUUAAACAACACAAUAAUGUGAAAAUAGGUCUAUUAUUAAAGCAAUAAAAACCAUUUAACGUAGAAACCCCGUAGCAUAGUGACGCUAUAAAAAGUGCUAAAAAGUCUAGUCGUAGUGCAUACAAAUUCUUCCAUACUAAGUCUGUAGAGUAGACGUUGUGAUAGUGCAAGAUGAAUUCUAUGACAAUUGUCAUAAAGUUCAUAUCAAGUUGUGUGAUUCACUUCACGAGGUGUACACCGGUUGGUGAUGUGUGUGCCUAGUUAGACUGGGGGGAAUAAUGAUAAUACAAAGAUGCCGCAACGCGCGUCCUCUUCGUCCAGCUUAAUGCGACCCUUCGUGGUGUUGGCGCUGCCCGGGAUGUAUUUGCUGUAUAAAUACAACCAGUAUCGGCAACAGCAAAUGGAGACAGCGCGGCGACGAGUCACCGAGCGGGAGCUGAUGCAUCUUAACACCAAGAUCGACAAAUUGCUCAAUAAGCUAGAAGAAAACGAGCCCGAGUUAGCUUCAUCUCCCGAAGAAGAAUGUGUAAUAUGCGUGAACGCGAAAGCGACGAUGCAGACAUCGCCGUGCGGCCACCGCGUGGUCUGCCGGCGAUGCUUCGUGAAGACCAUUCAGAUGGCAGUCAGCCAGCGCCUGCUGCCGCUGCGCUGCGUCAUCUGUCGUGCCAAGAUACUGCGUCUGCGCCAGGCGCCACGACUGGUCACCAGCAAGAGUUGGCAAGUGUCGAGCUCCAGCGGCAAGUCGUGGGGCGUGCCAGGCUCUGUGUCUAGCUACUCUGUGGGAGCGCGCUCCGUACCCGCCUCUGCCUCGCUUUACUCCGUCACCAGCGGGGAAUCCUCCCUUUCAGGAGUAUCAUCCGUUUCAUCGAACAGCGGUGGCAAUGUGAGCGGGUGCAGCACGAAGUUAUGCGGGGGAGCAAAGUGCGGCGGUGCGUGCCUCGGUGCCAUACCGCGCCCGCCCACAGCCACGCACAAGCCGCGACAACCAGCCUCUAAUGCGCUGCGUCGCUCGCAGCAAAACAGCAUGAAGGCUCGAUUACAAGAAUAUCAGAUGCACAGCUAUACUGGUGGACCGGCGGGCGAGCCAUCAGGCCGGCUGCCGCCAAUAAGGGAGUUCCAGAGAGACUUCCGCGAGGGACGACGCGAGAGCGCCGUAGCCACGUGCGCCUCGACUAGGAUAAGAUGUGCCCAGAAAAUAGUUACGCAAUUAGAAACCUCUCCGCAGAAAGACAACCAACACUUCUUCCGACCUUUCAAGCCUUUGAAUAAAGACGAAACCCCUAGAUCUAGAGACCCAAGCAAUGAGACUGAUAAGAAAAAAGAUAACCCCAAAGCAAAACCAAAAAAAGAAGAAAAGAAAAAGAAAGAAGACGAAAAUACAAAAUCUGGAGAUAAAAGCAAGAAAGACGAAAACAGUGAUAAUAAGAAAAAUGAAAUAGCGGAGAGAAAGAAGGAAGAGAAAUUACGACUUAAAGCUGAGAAAGAAGCGAAAAAAGAAGCUAAACUUCAAGCUAAGGAAGAGGAAAGACAGGCGAAGCUUCUAGCCAAGGAAGAAGAACGGCAAGCUAAAUUAUUAGCAAAAGAAGAGAAGAAGAAGGCAAAGAAAGAAGCUAAGUUAGCAGCACAAGCAGAAAAAGAGAAGGCGAAAUGAAGAUGUGGUUUUAAAAUUUACAGUAGAAAAAACGUAGCCGUCUUUAGGUUUUAGAUUUGAAAUCGUUAAUAAAGAAUCGUAAAUAGAUUACUUCUAAGACUUUUCAAAUGGCCAUAACUUUUGAUUGUGUUAGCAGUAUUACUAAAUUUCUUUUUAAAUAUUAAACAGAAUAUAACUCGAUAUGGAUAUUAUUAAGAUACAAUUUUUAGUUAUAAAUUUAGCUGGUUUGCCAUAUUUUCUUCUUCGAAUUGUUAUAUAAUUAGAGUGUUGUAUAUAGUUUUAACUACGAAGUUAAUAUGAAAAGCAAUCUAAUUACAAGUAGUUGUCAUAGUUGGAAACAUACAAACUGCGAAGACUGAAUGAACGGGAUAUUGAAAUCAUAUCGUUAUGUAAUUUACUUAUGUAACAAUAUUGUUAAGAGCUUUAUUAAUUGUUAUAUUUUUCGUAUAUUAUUUUUCUGGAUACUACUCGAUAAAAGUUGCUGCCAGAUUUAAAAAUGGACUGGAUAAAAAAUGUUAUAAAUCUUAUAAUUAAGUAAUUUAUAGUUUACAAUUUUAAGUUAACCAAGCAAUUAUUUGAGAUAAAAUUGUUUUAUAUUUAAAUUUAGAAUUAAUUCACAGGCAUUAAUUUAAGUAAUAGUGCAUGCUGUAACUUUUACUCUUCAAAUAUAUUUAAAAUAAAUUAUUUUAGUUAGCUAUUCAUAUUAUCAUAAAAUUUCCAAUUUUAUUGAUU